UGCCGGCUGCUGGGGGCGGGCAGCGCCGUUCCCCUCCCUCCCGCCUGACCUCAGUUCCUGGCGGAGCUCGGUGCCCGUCACGAGUGCGGCCCCGCUCCGCUCCUUCCUCUCCGCGGGGCCCCGUUCGCCUCCGCGCCCGCCGCGGGGGGCCCCGGCGCGGCCAUGGCGCGCUGAGCGGCGGCGGAGGCCGCCACCCCGCAGCCGGCGGGCCGGGCCGGGGCCGGGCCGGGGCAACCGGCAGGACGGAGCCGGCCGGCGGGGGGCGGCGGGGCGGCGAGCGGGCCCGGCGGGCGGGCCGGCACUCGGCCUCCGCCGGGCGGGCGCGGCGGCGGGCGGCGGCGGCGGCGGCGGCGGCGGGCGGCGGCGCCAUGGAGCCGGAGGAGGUGAAAGACCGCAUCCUGGAGAACAUCUCCCUCUCCGUCAAGAAGCUGCAGAGCUACUUUGCUGCCUGUGAAGACGAGACGCCGGCCAUCAGAAACCAUGACAAGGUCCUGCAGCGGCUCUGCGAACAUCUGGACCAUGCUCUGCUCUAUGGCCUGCAAGACCUUUCCUCGGGCUACUGGGUGCUGGUCGUUCACUUCACCCGCCGGGAAGCCAUCAAACAGAUAGAAGUGCUUCAGCACGUGGCCACCAACCUGGGACGCAGCCGGGCAUGGCUGUACCUAGCACUCAACGAAAACUCCUUGGAGAGCUAUUUGAGGCUGUUCCAGGAGAACCUAAGCCUGCUGCACAAGUACUAUGUCAAGAACGCCCUGGUUUGCAGUCAUGAUCAUCUGACCUUGUUCUUAACGCUGGUGUCUGGGCUGGAGUUCAUCCGCUUUGACUUGGAUCUGGACGCUCCUUACCUGGAUCUGGCCCCAUACAUGCCAGAUUACUACAAACCUCAGUACCUGCUAGACUUUGAGGACCGCCUGCCCAGCUCUGUGCACGGCUCAGACAGCCUGUCCCUCAACUCCUUCAACUCGGUCACCUCCACCAACCUGGAAUGGGACGACAGCGCUAUUGCUCCAUCCAGUGAAGGAGCACCUUGCUACCCUGGGAGUGUAGGUGGAGCUGGGGUUUUUAGGAUCGGAGGACAAGUUUUUCCCUUUAAUCAGACCCCUGGCUUUGCAAACAUUAAUGGGUCAAACAUCACAGUAUCUAUGGGAGAUUAUGAUUUUGGAGAUGUCUUUCCAGCAAUGCAGACCAUGCCCAGCAGAGACUGGGAAGAUGGAGACCUCACGGACACGCUCAGCUGCCCACGCUCCACCGCCUCGGAGGCAAACGGCAGCAAGGCCUCUGUGAAGAGCCCAACGCAGCGCUACAACCCCUUCAACGAGGAGAAAGCCGAUGUGCUGUCCUCCACCGAGACCACGCCAGUGCACACAGCUUCCCAGGAGAAAGCAGAAGCCACCCCUGAGGGAACAGACCAGUCUGAGAGCUGCACAGAGCUGGAGGUCAUCAGGUUAGCCAAGAAGAAGAAAACGGGCAAGAAGAAGAAAGCAAAGCCUGAGGAGCCGGUGAACACCCCUGCGCCCGUAGUGCCUGAGACGCAGCAGGCCAGUGGGGACAGCGGUGUGAACGGGCUGAGUGACAGAGAAGACCCGCAGAGAGACGACGAUCCCGCUGGCCCGGCUGGUGAGCCGAGCCCGAGCGGGCAGGAGGAGGGUCGCGAGCGCUCUGCCCUCAGCCAGAUGGCUUUACGCAUCCCUGAGAUGAAGGACACGUCCAUGGAGAGCAUGGGGCAGCCACUGAGCAAGGUGAUGGACAGGCUUAACGGGCAGCUGGACCCGGGUGGCUGGAAUGCCCCCCACGAGCCCCCCGGGCAGUCCUUUCGGACUGGCACGCCAGGGGAGACCCCAGAUGGAUCGUCCUCUGGCGAGUUUAGCAAGGGGAUUUCAGCCCCCAUGGACUUCUACCGCUUUACCAUUGAGAGUCCAAACACUGCUGCACCAGGUGGUGGCCACCAUGACACUCCAGGGCCUUGCCAACCGCCACAUGUUUCUGGUAGCCCUGAGGCUCCUGAAGAAGAAGAAAGCGGAGAGGGAGAAGCAGUUGGGGCAGUAGAGGAGUCUGGAGGGGCGAGUGACGAACCCCAAACUGGCCAGACAGAAACUGCCAACCCCCAGGCUCUCCAUGAGCCAAAGAAGGAGCAGCCCAGCCCUUCCCCGAGCAGUGCCGAGGACUCUGGUGUGGAGGAAGGGCAGGGCAGCCCUUCAGAGCUGACGCAUCCCUCCGAGUUCAGGGUGGAUAACAACCAUCUGCUCUUGCUGAUGAUCCACGUCUUUCGGGAGAACGAGGAACAGUUGUUCAGGAUGAUCCGAAUGAGCACCGGGCACAUGGAAGGGAACCUGCAGCUGAUCUACGUGCUGCUGACAGAUUGCUACGUGUACCUGAUCCGGAAAGGGGCAGCAGAGAAGCCGUACAUGGUGGAGGAGGCCGUUUCCUAUAACGAGCUGGACUACAUUUCGGUUGGGCUGGAUCAGCAGACGGUGACUCUGGUGUGCACCAAUCGGAGGAAGCAGUUCCUGCUCGACACCGCAGAUGUGGCUCUCACCGAGUUCUUCCUGGUAUCCUUGAAGUCAGCCAUGAUCAAAGGGUGCCGGGAGCCCCCGUACCCCAGUAUCCUCACGGAUGCCACCAUGGAGAAACUGGCGCUCGCAAAGUUCGUGGCCCAGGAGUCCAAGUGUGAGGCCUGCGAUGUGGUUGUGCGUUUCUACGGCCUCGUUCACUGGGAAGACCCCAUGGACGAGGCGCUGGGACCCGCCAACACUAGCUACACCUCUGCUGAAAACGCGGUCACCAAGGACGGCAUCCUGCACUACAAGGCGGGGACCUCCUACCUGGGCAAGGAGCAGUGGAAGACCUGCUUCGUGGUGCUCAGCAACGGGAUCUUGUACCAGUACCCGGACCGCACGGACGUCACUCCUCUGCUCUCCAUCAACAUGGGCGGCGAGCAGUGCGGGGGAUGCCGGCGCUCCAACACCACCGACAGGCCCCACUCCUUCCAGGUGAUCUUGACAGACCGGCCGUCCCUGGAGCUGAGUGCUGAGAACGAGGAAGACAUGGCGGACUGGAUGCAGUACUUCUGCCAGGCUGUCUCCAAAGGGGUGAUUCCCCAGGGUGUUGCCCCUACGCCUUGCGUCCCCUGUUGCCUCGUGCUGACGGACGAGAAGGCUUUCACCUGCCACGAGGACUGCCAGACAAGCUUCUUCCGCUCGCUGGGCACCGUGGAGCUGACGGACAUCACCGCCAUCUCCACAGAGGCUGGCAAGGAGUACUGUAUCUUGGAGUUUGCUCAGGAUCGCAAGCAGUUCCUGCCCCCCUGGGUCCUCUAUUUUAGUUGCACUACAGAACUGGAGAGGUUCCUCUCGGCACUGAACACCGCGUGGAGGAACAUCUACCAGGUUGACCUCCUGCACAAGGCCAUUCUGGAUGCUGCUGUCAAGAAGAAAUGCGAGGACGCUCAGAGCCUCAUCGACAGCGCCUGGCAGCGCAGCGACAGCCUCUGCCGCGGGCGAGCGGAGCGGGACCCCUGGUGUUAACCCUGACCGGGGGGAAGGACACCCGACGGGGGCCCAUAUUUGGAGAGCAGGGCCUGUACCCGGCUGCCCCCCAGCCAGCCGGCACCCAAACCCUCCUGCCAUCGCUCGGUCCCCACCAGGAGCAUGCCUGCAGGCGUGGACCCCGCACCCCCAUCCCCACCACGAUCCCCACCGAGUCGGGGAUAGCCCAGUGUGUUUUGGGGAGCAGCCGGACGCUUCACCAUGCUGGAGGCGAGGCCGAGCUCGAGCCUGCACCCUCCUCCUCAUCCAGCUGCCAUGGGGCAAAAUAAUUUUGCCCUUCACGGAAUAAUAUCGUGCUAGCAGUGGGGCGGGGGGAGCGGGGUGGGCUGGGGAUGAGCGUCCCCCCAUGGCGGCGGGGAGCGGGACUGAGGACUUGUUCAUUUUAGAACAGGGUAGGGGCGCGGAGGUGGCGAGAUGGGAACACUAAAUCGCUACCAUGCAUGUUUUCUCCUUGCUAAUACAAUCACCAAGUACGGCACCGCUUCGCCUCCUCCUUCUCCUAGCAUCUCUCAGGGCCAGGAGAUCUCGCCUGGGGCCUCCGGACAUCACAAAACCACUCCCCAGCCCGUUGAUGAGAUUUGAGGGCAAGGACUGGGGCCAAAAAUGUGGCCUUGAACAUCCUGACGUGGUUUUAGGAGAUCUCAGAAGCCAGUCUGAGGUUUGGGCGCUGGCCCCCUGUGCUGGGGGAGGGAAGAGAUCGAGUCCCAUGUUAUUCAGGUGUCCCAAGGGCUGGUGUCACACGGCUGCCACCAAACGCGUCCCCGUCUCCUCGGCUCGCUGCGUCCGGGGCCAGUGAGGACCCACCGCCGCUUGCCCUCCGCAGCGAGCCCUUUGGGGCACAACGCCGGCUUUUAAAUAAUAAUAAUCUGGAGACCUUCUCAUGUAAUAUAUGUUCACGGGGCCUUUUUCUGGGAGGAAACAUACGUGACUGAAUGUAUAUGUAUAUACAUCUGCUUCCUUUCCCCCUCCCCAAAUAAAUACUCGUUGGUAAUUCA